UAAUCAAGUCUUUGGAAAAAAAAUAUAGGUGUUAGUGUAAUAAGAAAAAAAUAUACAGCUAGUUUGUAAUAUCCUAUGGCUCACAUUUCAAUGGCACUAGAUGUGAUGCUAUGCCAAGUAGUAUUGGUGAAAUUGUAUAUACUGUAUAUAAAGUAGGUAACUUCUUUGUUUAUGUAAGCUUUCUUUUUUUAUAUUUUCCUUAUCUGUUGAGAGUCCCCUUGUUGGAUUUUCUUUACUGUUAAUUAAUUCAUUUUAGGGUUGGCGCCUAGUCCGCCUAGAAGUAGAAACAGAGAGGAGUGGGAGCAAUACUGACACAUUAGGGUGUUUUUGUGGGUUUCUCACCGGAAUCUCACACCGGAAUCUCAUCUGUUUCUAGGAAACCACAUGAUGUCACUCAUGUUUAAUAUCAGUUUGGAUAUGUGGGAAAAACUAAGGCGGGGGGAUGUUCAAUACGAGUCUGGGAUGUUCAAUACGAGUCUGGGAUAUGAGGGAAAAAUCAUGCCGGGGGGACUUGAACUCUGUUCUUCAUGAAACCUACUUCAAAUCGGUUUCUCUAUUCAAUUUCCAAGAAACUCCUGUCGGAGUGGGCAUUAUGGUUACCAGCUUCUAUGAUUCACAUAUUAGAAGAUUAAUAGACAUGAUAGUUAUGCGGAAAAGUUUUUUUCUCUUUUCGAACACAUUAAUUUCAGUUUAAUGAUUGCCAAUUCAUCUCAUAUCUCUGCAUAAUUCUGUUGUUCUUAUGCAAUGUUAAAUAUGCUACUCAGUGCUUAGUCGGAAAAAAAAAGAAAAUUCUAUUCAGCAAAUUUCUCUCUUGUUUCCUCCCAUAGUGAAUGUUUCUUUAUUUUUAUUUCUUAUAAAGGUGUUAUAUUUGUUUUUCUCAUCAUGGUCGAGAUGAUUUUCCCUACAUCUUGAUAAGCCAAUUUCAACAUAAAAGGAAUAGGCAAUGGUACGACCUUUUGUUUUGCUCUAUUAAAUGGAAGGAGCUAACCUAUAAUUCAGAUAUUAGAAAAUUAAUAGACACCAUAAUUAUGUCAAAAGGUUGUUUCUCCUUGUAAACACAUUCAUUUCCAUUUUAACGAUUAUCUAUUCAUCUCAUAUCUCUGGAUAAUUUGGUUAUAAAUUCUAUUAGAUGAAAUGAAGUGCUUCAGCCUUGUGACAUUCAGUUUUUAUGUCAAAAAGUGGUUCACUUGUUUUUUCGUCCUUUUCUAUGUUCUGUAGUUCCACGAAAGCAAAUUGCUUGCAUAGAAUUAUCAAGUAUCUGAUCAAAUUCUUACUAAAAAAUUUCCUGGUAAAGAUCAGUAGAUCUAUUCUCUUUGCCAAAUUUCAUGCUUUUCCAAUUCUUACUCUCUAUUUUUGAUGCAGAUAAGGUAAUGCAGACUAUGGUAGCAUCCGAGUCCAAUGUUCAGGAGCUAGAACUUGGCAAGAAAAAAAAGUCUCAAGAAGAAGCUGAUCGAAUCAGCUGUUUACAUGAUGCCAUCAUUUAUCACAUAUUCUCGUUUGUUUCCACAAUUGACGUCGUGCAGACAAGCAUUCUUGCGAGGAGAUGGAGACACCUGUGGACUUCUGUCCCUACCCUUGACUUUGAUGAUGAUGAAUUUUCAAUUGCCAAUGGAGAAGAUGAAUUUGUUCACUUUGUCAACAAAGUGCAGAGUUGCUAUAAGGCGCAACAAAUACAGAGAUAUCAUCUCUCAAUUAAACAAGCAAGAAAUUCAAAUUUUCUUGAAACUUGGGUCCGUUUUGCAGUUGAACAUAAUGUUCAAGAAUUAUAUCUUGACCUGCCUCAUGGUAGGCCCUUUGAGGUGUCUUUUUGCCAAUCAGUAAGGGUGCUGAAAUUGCAUGGAGAUCUCAAACUGCCUGCCUCUGGGUGUUUUAGCUCACUUGAGCAUUUGUCUCUCUUAGGGGUUCAGCUUACUAAUGAUAAUGGAAUCCUGGAUGUGACUUCGGAACACUAUCCUCUCCUUAGGAGCUGCAGUCUUAAAAGUUGCAUGGGGUUGAACUGUCUUAACAUCAACUGCUCACUUCUUGAACAUCUUGAUGUCGAAAACUGUUUUGACUUGGAUCAACUGCAUGUCUCUGCUGGGAAACUACGUUUCUUGAGUGUGCAGAGUUCCUUUACUUAUGGAAUUGAUACAGGUUGGGUUGAGAUUGCGGCUCCAAGUCUUCAAACUUUUGAAUGGUUGGAUUACAUUACUGAUAAUUUUUCUAUAGGAAACUUCACAUGCUUAAAAUCUGCACAUACAUCUCUUGUAUUUCACUAUCAUCCAGAGAAGAAAGAAUCGUAUAUGAAAAAUGCAAGAAAGUUUCUCCAUCAUCUUGCAUGUGCUGAAACUUUACAUGUGGAAAUGCCUUGCCUUUGGGGUCUACAUUCAAACAAGGAGCUGUUAGAAGGGUUAUCAACUAAAUUGUUUAAUUUAAAGCACUUGACAUUGUUGGUGAGUCUUGAUGACCAUGUGCUUCGGGGAGUCUCAUGCUUAAUCAGGAGCUGCUCAAAUCUGGAGAUUCUUCAUAUCCACACCAUUGAUGAGCACAUUCAAGAGGAACUCAAUAAUAGCUUCCCCGAUUUAUCCCAUUUUGACCAGAGGGAGUCUUGGAGUUAUCAGAGGAGACCGUUGGAUCAUCUGUCGGAAGCAAAGAUAUAUGGAUUUAGAGGAAAGGAGCACGAGAUCGAAUUUAUGCAAUUCUUGCUCGAACAUGCAAUUACCUUGAAGAGAAUGAUUAUUCUGUUUUCAGGCCAGGUUUUUGUGGAUCAGGUUAUGAAGACUCAGAUGGCUGAGAAACUGAUGAAGUUUACAAAAGCCUCGCCGGAUGCUGUUGUGUCAUGUCCCUAAAGUUGAAUGGCUUUUCCAUGGGCUUGAUGAUGUUUAUGAUCUUGCAGUGCUAUUCUGUUCACUUUAACAGAUUCAGUAAUAAUUUGCCAAUUGGGAUUGUGCCUUAAGUUUAGUUGAAAUAAAUCAUAUUUUGUUGGCA